UCGCACUGGCAGCCAUGGUAACCAUAAGACGCUAAGCUAAGCGGUAACAUGGCGCGAUACAUGGUACUACACUAACGUUAGCCUGGAAACCAAUGUAAAUAGCAAAGUGUCACGCCAUGUUUGCUCACAAUAAGCUCUAAACCUCCAUAUUAGAAGUUAAUAUAUUAAUUUCGUAGCGACGGUAAAACUUGAAAGCGUUUACUCGACACGGCACAACUUUCCAGUGAGAUAGCAUCUAUGCUAGCUUGAACAAUACCUUACUAACGCGAGCUUACCGGCUCAUAAAAGUGACAUUUAAGGACCCUAUUUGUUGCCCUAUGGCUUUCUAUGAGGUUUAUUCUCACCCAGCUUUGGUUCGGUACAAAACGAGUGUUUGCACGAAAGCCACUCUGUUUGUGAUUGUGGUUUUGUGUCUAACCUACAUCCCUCCUCUGCUGGUUGCUUACAGAAGCCAAGGUUUCUGGAUAAAACGAAGCACUUAUGAGGAACAACCAGUUGUGAGGUUCCAGUACCAGACUCUGCUGGUGGCAGCAACCAGUACUCAGGGAGACUACGUCGCUUGGAGCACCUUCCCCCAUCUUAACAACAUGCUCGGAGAUAACCUCCGGAUCCCUGCUGUCUCUGUAAGAGAGGAGGACCAGAACCAGGAUGGAAAACUAGACCGCCUGACUUUUCGACUAGAGCUCCCUCUAAAACCAGAGGAACACGUUUACAGUGUCCAACUGCUGCUCACCUUCAGCUACCAGCUAUUUAGGAUGUCUACAGUUGUGAUGCAGAGCCUGGCCUAUGUGCAGCACUCUUCUUCUGUCCCAGGAGCUAAGCUGUUCAUCAGCGGAGACCUGAGGCUGCAGCAGAAGACACCUCUACCUCACAGAGGACUGUACAACAUUUACAAUAUGUCGGUGAUCGAUGGCUCCAGCCCCUUUGCAAGUGCUUAUGACCUUGAUCACAUCAUAGGGAGCUACCAGGAAAGAAACCUGACCACGGUACUGUCCUGUCCCAUGCCCGUGUGGACAGUGGGACGAGCUGCUGGGUCACCCUUUCAGCUUAAUGCUGACAUCCGUUAUCCUAUUGAGGUCAUUAACUAUCGCCCUGGUUUCUGGGAAACCAUCAAAUUUGCCUGGAUUCAAUAUGUCAGUGUACUCCUCAUCUUUCUCUGGGUCUUCGAGCGCGUUCAGAGAUUCAUUUUCCAGAACCAGGUUCUCACCACUGUACCCAUACCAGUUGGAAAACCUCAUUUGUCAUGAUGCAGGGGUAUUGCUGUCUCUUCUGGAUGAACAGGAAACUGUCAGCCUCUUAAGGACAAACAGGCUGAUACUCUUAAAGUCUUUGAAAUGUUUGACAUCUUAAGUCUGAAGAAAUAGAUAUUAGGUAAUACUAAGUCAGAGAUUAAAUAGAACCAGUUGUCUCUUGUAACCAACACUCUUCAAGAUAAUCACAAGUGGCAGUGACUUAACACUGUUUCCAUAUAAAUAAAGGGCAACAUUAAAUCACCAACAGUCUCAAAUAUACUGUGUGUAGUGUUUCAUUUGAACUGUAUUCCUUUAAUGUAUUGAGUGUAUACCUCUGGAGUAAAACACAGGGGUGGUUAUUAUUUAACCCUUUCCUGUACAGGUUGCUAUGCAGGUCUUCCCCUGCAGGAAUUCUUCAAUGCAUUUCCUCUUUGAGCUGCUCUUUCCUGCAAUGUAAAUUAUCAAAGAUAUAAAAGUUUUUUACAUUUUUAUAACAUGAGUAUUUCUGAAAGUUUGACACAGUAAUUAUAAAAAUAAUCUUUGUUAAUGUGCUUUUGUAUUGUAUAUAGCAUUGUAGGGUGAAUAAAGAAUUGUGUAAGACUAUA